UUGUCUCUCCUUUCCCAUAAUUCUUUGCGCGGUUGCGGCCUCUUCCUUUCUCUUUUUUUUCCAGGGGCAGCCGACGUCGGCAUGGGAGUCGACAUUCGCCACAACAAGGACCGGAAGGUUCGACGGAAGGAGCCUAAGAGCCAGGAUAUUUACCUUCGCCUCUUGGUCAAGCUCUACAGAUUUCUUGCUCGACGGACCAAUGCAAAAUUCAACAAAGUGAUCCUUAAACGGCUCUUUAUGAGCCGCACCAACCGGCCUCCACUCUCUGUAUCCCGCAUGAUCCGCAAGAUGAAGCUCCCAGGCCGGGAGAACAAAACCGCUGUUGUGGUGGGUACGGUGACAGAUGACGUCCGCAUCCAGGAGAUCCCCAAACUGAAGGUUUGUGCCCUCAGAGUGACCCAGGGAGCCCGUAGCCGCAUCCUGAAAGCUGGAGGCCAGAUCAUGACUUUUGAUCAGUUAGCCAUGGCUGCCCCCAAGGGCCAGGGAACAGUGUUGCUUUCUGGACCCAGGAAGGCCCGUCAAGUUUACCGGCAUUUUGGCAAGGCCCCUGGCACCCCCCACAGCCACACUAAGCCAUACGUCCGAUCCAAGGGCCGCAAGUUUGAACGGGCUCGAGGCCGCCGUGCCAGUCGAGGCUACAAAAACUAGAUUCUUAACGUAUUUGAAGGGUCAGAUGCACGUAAUAAAAGUUACCACGAUCAGUACAAAUUAACAA